AUGGACGACGCCGAAACGACAGACAUCCUACUAGAAACACGUCGGAGCAUGAGUAAUGAAGACAACAACCUGACCGAAAAAGUUACUGAGGACGUGGUGAGAACCAUCCUCAAAAACAGCACAAACGGCACCGACGGGAUCCCCAAGGAAUUCUACAGCCACCUCUGGGACCUAAGUGGACAAGCUGCCAUACCCAAGAAGCCAUGGGAGUAUGAGGAGAUUAUGGUUUUCCUGCGCCCAUACAUGCUGGAGCGGGAAACAGUUUCUAACAUAACUGUUGAUAUUUGUUCAGAGGAUGAAUCAAACAGUGAGGUGUCAUCACCUAUUCCGGACAUUGAAAAUAACAGUGAUUUGAGAUUCAACACUACUCAUGGAUUGCACUUAAAUGGUCUUGGAAAGCAACUUGUUACAUUAAAGCUAAUGGAAAUAAUUAAGAGACUGCAACACUUACCAACAACAUCAUCACCACAGAAAGUAUUUCCAGGAAUGACUAAUGCAGAAUCAUAUUCAGUAACAGAAAAUGCAGCAGAAGUACCUAAAGCUGCAAUACUAACAGCAGUGUCAGAAGAACCAGUAUCAGUAACAGCAGAAGCAACUCCUCCAACAGUACAACCAGUUCCUACAGCAGCAGCACCAUCUCCCUCACCAACAGUAGUAGACCCAACUCCUUUUCCAGUAAUACCAGAAACUAAUUCGCAACCAGCAGCAACUAAAUCAACUAAUCCACCAGCAGAAACAGAACCAGCUCCUCCUCCAUCAUCUCCUGGGGUAGAAGAAAAGAAUAGAUCAGUCGCUGUAAGUAAAGUAUCAUCUUUGUCUCAUGAUGAAGUGGUACCAAAUGAUUUGGGAAAACAAGUUCUUAUAAAACUUGUUGACAGUGAAGUGAUACAAACUUCCAACUGUGUUUAA